AUGAAUAUCAAAAAAAAAAAGCCCUCAGGGAAAGAACCAAAACUAUACAAAUGUAAAAAAAAAUUACCCACUUUUCAAAAUGAAAAAGAUAAUAUAAGUGAUUACACUAUGCACAUUAACCCAAAAUAUAUUGUCGAAAACCAAGAAUUAAAUGAAAAUAAAAAAGAAAAAAAUAAUAAUAAUAAGCUAAAUUCAAUAGAUUAUAUAAAAAUUUUAAAUAUUAAUUCUGAAAAGCAAUUUAAUAAUGGAUUUUUUAAUAAUAAGAAAAAUAACGAUUAUAUAAAUUCAUUUAUUUAUAUGCAGCAAGAUAAUGAUGUAUUAGACUCUAAUUUAUCUAUAGGUAAAAAUAUAUAUAUUCCCAAAUAUUUGAUAAAUAAGGGAAAAAAUAAAUCUAAUAAUGAAAAUUUAAUGGGAUACAAUAGUAAAAAAAAAGAUACAUACUUUAAACACAUUUCUAAAAAUAGAGAUACUAAUAUUAUAAGUACUUUUAAAGAUUUCAUAUUUAAUGAAGAUAAAAACAAUGUCAUUUCUGGAGAAGUGAACAUUUUAAAGAAGAAAAAAAAAAAAAUAAAUAAAGAUAACAAUAAUAAAAACGAUAGAAUUGAAGACAAAAUUAUGUAUGAAUAUAAGAAUUUUAAAGCUGAUAUGUCAAGUAAUUUUUCAUAUAACAACCAGCAUAAUGCGCAAAUUAGAAAUUCAUCUGAUGAAAAUAAAUUAAGAAGGAAAAAAAAUAUCUUUAAUGCAAAUUUAAGAGAUACUCAAAUUUUUGAUGAGAAGAAGAAAUUAAAAAAUAAGAAAUACUCAUUUAAUGUAAAAACAUCAGGAAAAAAAAAAAAUCAUGAAAACAUAAAGAAUAAUUAUGAAACCGAAACAAAAGAUCAAAAAAAAUUUCAAAAUACACUAAAAAAUUUUAGUGAAGAAGUUAGAAAAGAGAACAUGACUUCAAGUGAUGAAAAUGAAUCCAUUAGAGAAAUGAAAAUUAAUAAAAAAGAGUCUUGUGGAAAAAAUAAAUCAUUAAAAAUGGAAAAUAAUGAUAAUCUAAGAGAAAAAAUUAGAUGUAAAUUUAAAUUAAAGAAAUUGAAUAAAUCGAUAAGAUCACAAACAAAUUCAUCAAAUAAUUUAUCUAAAAAAUCAUUAGACAAUUUAAAUGAAGUUUUAUCGUAUAAUUCAAAUAAAAAACCAUUAGAUACUUUGAAUAAAAAUUCACAAGAUAAUUUAUAUGUUGAUUUAAGACAAAAAAAAAUAACAAAUAAGGAAUUAGAUAAUUUAAUAGAAAAUGAAAAAGAAAAGAAGAAUAAAGAAUAUUUUUUAAACAAAAAAGUAAAAGAAAAAUAUUUGAGAAAAAAAGAAAAUAAUAAUAACAAUGAUGGAAAUAUUAUUUGUACAAAUAAAUUUUUUAAUAAUAAAGGUAAUUAUUAUAAUAAAAAUAUAAAUAUAAAUAAAAAAAUAGAAAUUAAAAACAUAGACAAUUCAAAAGAUCUAUCAAAUAAAAAAGAUAAGAAGAAUAAUUAUUAUCAUGAUGAAUAUAGUAAACUUGAAAUGAAAGAAAUAAAUAAUAUUGCAUAUAAAUUCAUGAAUAAAAAAAAUCAUAUUUAUCCUAAAAAAUAUACUAUGGAAUUAAUUAAAAAUUCCAAAUAUCUUGAUCAAAGGAUGAAAAAUUAUAUCAAUGAACAAAUAAAAUACUAUGGGGAAGAUUUGAGAAAAGAUAACAUUGAAAAUAUUUAUUUAUAUAUUACGAAAAAUUUUGAAAAAAAAAAUUUGGGGCAAGUUACUAAAAGAAAUGAUAAUACAAUACUUACUAAUUCUGUGAAGAAAAAAUACAAUAAAAAAUUAGAUGAAAAUAGUGAUAAUAUAAAUUAUGACAUGAGUUCUAAUAUAGAAUUACUUCCUCUUAUUGAUAAAGAAAUAUAUAGCAAAAUAUCAGCUAGUUCUUUUAAGGAAGUAAAAAAAUAUAUUAAUGCAAUUGAUGUUUUAAAAAAAACAUAUAAUGAUUAUCAUGACAAUAAAAUAAAAAAUGACAGUGUCUGUGAUUCAAAUUCUACAGAAAAAAAUGAAGUUUAUAAAAAGAAAAAAAAAGAAAAAAACUGUAACUUAACAAAAAAAAAUAAUUCAAAAGAAUCAAAAAAAUUUAAGUUAGACAAAAAAAAAUUCAUUAGCUUUUCUGAAAUGUAUUCGUAUUUAAAAAAUGAGAAAAAUAUUUUAGAAAAAAUGUUUAAUGAAGAAGAAAAAAAAAAUUUAAGGUGUCACUUAGAAGAGUUAAAUGAAAUAGAAAAAAAAAUGAUAAAAUUCAUUGAAAAUUUUGAGCAAAUUAUCACAAGAAAAGAAGAUAAGAAACAUAUUUUUAGUGAUAAUACAUAUAAAAGGGGUACUACUUUUCAAAUUAAUGCUCUUCUAAAGAUAUUAGAUGAAAUAAUACAAAUAGUAAAUGAUCAAUUCAAUAGUACUAAAAAAAUUCCUUAUUAUAAAUUUCUUGAAUCUUUUAAAAAAAAUAAAACUUCCUCAUUUUAUCUUUAA